AUGGCUCGAGUAGGUGAAUCGACGAUAGUGCAGCAGUCGAGAAAUACUCUUCGAAAGGAUAAAAAGAGUGUGAAAAUAUUUAAGGAUGAAUCGUUAUUGGAAAAAUUAGGAACACUUGGACGUAAAAAGAAAACAGUUCAACAAAUGGAACAAGAAGCUGAAAAUGAGGCUAUCGAGGUGGAAAUUGAAGGUGCUGAUGCUCUCGAUUCAGCGGUUAUUCCUGUUGCAGCAACUCCUCAAAGCCUUAUUCUCGAAGAAGGCGAGCAGAAGCGUUUUUUGACCGUAGAAUCACGCGAUGAUCCCCAAGUUCAAAGUGUUAUUCAGCUACUAAUUAAUUGGCUUAAUGAGGAAUUGUCAUCACAACGAAUUGUUGUAAAACAUAUUCAAGAAGAUCUUUACGAUGGUCAAAUUAUUCAAAAACUCAUCGAGAAACUCGCAAAUAUUAAAAUCGAAGUUCCUGAGGUGUCACAAAGUGAGGAGGGCCAAAGACAGAAAUUGCAUAUUGUUAUUGAAACAAUCAAUCGAAUUAUUGCGCAAGGCCAAUAUGAACAAACAAAAUGGAAUGCUGAUAAUAUUCAUAAUAAAGAUGUUGUCGCCAUAAUCCAAUUGCUGGUCGCAAUUGCAAUAUAUUUCCGAGCUCCAGUUAGAUUUCCAGAACAUGUAAAAGCCAAUGUUCUUGUUGUACAAAAAAAAGACAACCAAAUCAAAAGUCAUUAUUUGACUGAACAACUUACAACAGUACAAACCGAACUCGGCAUGAAAGGUGAACGAGAUGCAUUUGAUACGUUAUUCGAUUAUGGACCUGAUAAACUGGCGCAUGUAAAAAGUUCAUUAUUGGCUUUUUGCAAUAAACAUCUUAAUAAAAUUAAUCUUGAAGUUACUGAUUUGGAAACGCAAUUUCAAGAUGGCGUUUAUCUUGUUCUCCUUAUUGGAUUACUUGAAGGAUACUUUGUCCCACUUUACAGCUAUUUUUUACAGGUCACCAGUCAUGAACAAAAAAUACAUAAUGUGUCGCUUGCCUAUCAGUUAAUGAAUGAAGCUGGUGUGCAGAAACCUCGCGCUCGCGUAAAAGAUAUUGUUAACGGUGAUUUGAAAAGUACUCUUCGAAUUUUACACUCAUUGUUCACAAAAUAUAAGCAUGCUUAA